ACCUUAGCGCAGAUGGCCAGUUCGCGUUUGACCACGCUACUAGGAACUUCUAAUAUAAGUUCUUCUAUAAAAUUUGUUUUCAAUCGUAAAUAAAAUACCUGAGCUUGUUUGAUCAACAUGCCUAACUGUCCCAAGUGUAAUAAACCUGUUUAUUUUGCUGAGCGGAAAACAUCCCUCGGUAAAGAUUGGCACAGUUCAUGUUUACGUUGUGAGAAAUGCAACAAGACGCUGACACCUGGUGGUCAUUCUGAACAUGAAGGCAAACCUUACUGCAAUCAUCCUUGUUAUUCAGCACUCUUUGGACCUGGAGGAUUCGGACGAGGAGGUGCUGAAAGUUAUGUUUAUAAUAAAUAAUCUAUUUUUACGGACAUUCCAAAAUUGCUCACUCUAAUUAACGCACUUCAAAAGUAUAAUUACUAUAAAAGAAUUCAUACUAUUCUUGCACGCUUAUUGAUAAUAAGUUAUAUUCAGAAAUGAAUAAUUUUUUGUAAGCUUAAUUAUGAAAUGAAAUAAAUAAAUAUAUUUUCUUGA